GAAAUCAGAUGGUGUGGGAUGGGUAUCACGUGACCCCCGACUGAGAAGCGCGGGCAGCUUUCAUUUGACUUCCGGCAGCCGUAGGUGACGGACGUGUUUUGCUGCUCCAGAUUGAAAACAACAUAGCCGCUGGCGCGACCGUUGCAUGAGAGUCCAUCGUGUUUUGAGCGAGUUUCCCUGCGAUCGCUGAUCGCGCAGAAGACAAAAGUAGGAUGGGUAUCACAGGUCUGUUGCCAGAGCUCAAGAAAUCUACAGAACCCAUCAACAUAGAGGACAUGACUGGAACUGUGGUGGCCAUUGAUGCAUCCUGCUGGCUCCACAGUGGACUAAUUGGAUGUGCCAAAGAGGUAUUCCUUGGACGGCCAGUAGACAGCUACAUCAGAUACUUCAUGGGCAGAAUUGAGAUUCUUCUCAGAAAUGGAGUAACCCCACUUGUCGUGUUUGAUGGCCGAAAUCCAUUGCCAGCCAAGGCUGAGUUGACGGCAAAACGUAAACAGGACAGGCAAAAGGCCAGGACCUUUGCUCGUUUCGCUCUUAUGGAGAAAAACACCACAAGGUUCGACAGGAACUGCCAAGAUGGCCUAGAAGUAAAACCUGAGAUGGUAGACAAUGUCAUCAAGGCAUUGAAAGACAGAGGAGUGGAUUACUUGAUGGCGCCGUAUGAAGCUGAUCCACAACUAGCCUUCAUGAGUAUGAGUGGAGCAGCAGACUACGUGAUUACUGAAGACUCAGACCUGUUGGUGUAUGGCGCUAAAAAGGUUAUCUACAAAUGGGAUGGACACGAUGGGCAGCUCAUCCUUCACCAUCACCUGUACAGGUCAUAUCCUGACUUCCCACAGUUCACUUUUGAAAAGUUCCAGCACAUGUGUAUUAUUUCAGGAUGUGACUACUUGGGGUCCAUUGAAAGCAUUGGACUUAAGAGGGCAGCAACCUUUGUGAAGUCAGUUGGAGAUGGGGAUAUUUUCAAACAAAUCAAGAACAUAGGCAGGAUCACAGGAAGGAGUAACAUCACAGUUCCACCUGGUUAUCCAGAAAAACUGAAGAUGGCCGUGAACACCUUUACCCACCAGACAGUCUUCCAUCCUGACAAGGGAUAUGUACCGCUGCAUGACUAUCCACCUGGCAUGUCUGCUGUAGACAUGGAGUAUGCUGGAUUACCACCAUCUGGAGCACCGAUUGCUGACUUGAGCCGAACUUGGAUCAGUGAGCAGAUGCUGAACAGAACAGACCAGACUGACAAAACAUUUGAAGACCCGAGCAGUGACACAGACUCCACAACAUCCAACCACUACAACCUGAGAAGUCAACAACAAGCACCAGUUUCAACUGUGUUCAGCAUUGGCGAGGGGCUCCAGUGGACACCUCCAUGCUUCCCCGUCAUGACACUUGAUUUUGUAACCGGCACACUAUCUUCAGAACACAAUACACCUCAUUCGCCCUGUUUGUUCAAAGCCUCGGACCACAGAGUACUUUUAGAAACACCUCCAUUUGACAUCACAAUACAAAAAUCAUGUACAAUAAAACACGAAAGUCAGUCAUACAUUGUAGUUUGGGAGUGGGACUUCUUCUCCCUGCCUGAUAACUAUUCAGAUGACAUCAUGUCUCAGUUUUCUCAGGCAACCAUUAGUUCCGGCAACACACCAGAAGAUGCAGCAUACACUACUGAUCAGGAGAGUGAUGACUCUGACUCGGACAGUGGCGACGAUGAUGGAGAACAUGAGAUAGCUUUCAAAGUUAUGGGGGUUACCAAAAAACUGAGAAGACAGGAGGUAUUAGUGAUAGGAAGAAAAAUGACUCAGCCUCCAACUGUAGAUAUCAUACCAGACCCAGACAAUUUCUACGAUGCAAAUGCCAUUGCAGUGCGCCUUCACACAGACAAAGGACCAGAGAUUGUUGGGUACAUUGUCACAGAGUUAACGCAAUAUGUACAUCCUCUUCUCAACACUGACAGACUGGUAUGUGUAAGAGCUGGGAACAUCACUUUGAGAACAGAGUUCCUUCACCCAGGAUACUAUAUGAAACUACUCAUUACAAAGAAGGGCAAAUGGGAACCUGCAGUAGUUAAGGCAUCACAAUGGGUAAAAUAGUUGAUGUCUAGGCCUGGGGGGGAGGGGGGAGCCGCUCUUCUAGGUUAUGGAAUUGGUUCCUGACUGUUCUCGCUCCCUUGCGCGGCAUUUGGACCCGGCAAGGGUUGUCGAUCCCAGGAUCUGCAAACUUAGACACCCUUGUC